AUGGACUACACUUCAUCGGUAUUGUCAGCCACAGGAAGACAGAAUGGGGUCCGAGUCGCCACUUCGAGCCCCGUCGACAACGAUCCCGACAGCCUGUUGGAUCUGAAGCAGGGUUUCCUCAUCACCAUCGUCAGAGGCGAUGUGCAGACCUUCCUGAAUCUCGCUCGGGAGAAGGGGUUCAUCAUAUGCGACAAAAACGACCGGAAAGUCGUUGCAGAACUUGUAGAAAGACCUUCCCCGGUGAGUGCGGAGUCCUUUCCGGAGGCACCGGGACAGAGCACAGCGUCAAGGAGUGAUUUCGACAUCCCUGUUCAUCUUCACGUGGAAAAGACUGCUGCCUCCACAUCAGGUCAAGCUGCUGGUUUUUCGGCUGGGUCACAUUCUGGACAAACUCAGUCUAGACAAGGUGACCCCCAACCAGAGUAUGCUGAUAUUCCUUCAGGAGGAGCUUAUAUCCCUUCAGGAUAUGCUGGUAACCCAUUUAAAGAAGGUGAUGAUAGCUCUCCACAGAGAGAUGCUGGCAUUCGGUCAAAGGAUCCCGAUAUCCCAUUAGAAGAUGCUGACAACACGUCAUCAAGUUCACAUGCUGAUACCACGUCAGAACUUAGUGCUGACACCUCGGGAAAAUUAAGCAUUAAGGAAGCAGUUGAUGACAUCCAAACAAAGGAGCUGCAGGUGUUACUAACGUCCAUGCAAAGUAAUUCUUAGAUUCGACGUUCUCUUUAUUUUCAUGUGAAAAGGAUAAACCUGUUGUGUUCUGAGUAACUGUACACUUAUAUUCAGAAAUCCAUUAGAGGAUUUUUUCAGUUAGAUAAAGAUGAUAAAUCAAAUGGAAUAUUAAAAACAAGGAAGACGAGAAGUCAAAAGAAGCAGAAAAAAGAACAGAAAGAAAAAAAAGGAAGGCAAGAGGCGAAAUUAAGCGGAGAUGGCUUAAAAAAUAGAGAGGAGGAAGAAGAGCAGACGAAGGAAAAGGAAGAGAAGGUGCCAGGUCUUAUAAGCCAAUAAAAGUCUCACGCUGCAUGAUAUACACAAGGGUAAGUAGAGGGCAAACAAAGCUCCUCUUUUGACGUGCACUUCAUGGCUUGGCCUCUGGCUAAUAUCACCAGUCAGACCUUUUCUUAAGACUUUAAGGCUUUUUUUCUCUUUUUUUUUUUUUCUGCUUUGACUUACGCCGGAAAUAGAAUAUGUGACUGUCUAAGAGGAGUUUCUUGGGAGGCAUUUCAUAAUGGUGGUAUUUUUUCUCCUUAUUGUACGAAAUGAUAUACUGAUAUUGCAUUUGCUGUUGGAAAUAUUGUUUAUGAUAUUGCCUUGGUUUUAUUGCAGAAUGAAAUUUGUCUUUCGGUAAUACUUUAUUUGUAAACUAUGGUAUCAAAGGUAUAUUUUUUUCAAAGUGUGUACUUUAACUAUCAAUGAUUUAUCCGUUUAAAGUGCUGUUGCAUCGUAGAUAUUCGACUUAAAAGUAGAACUACCACUGGCUUCAUUAUUGUUUAUACUAAUCACUCUAGACUGUGUGCCUUCAAUAAAAGUUGUAAUUA